ACGGAACUGGGUUGUGAGUUUUACCUAAUGGAUAAUAGAAUUAUGCGCCAGUGUCGUCCGAAGGCCUGGGGAGCUGGGGUCGAAUUUCUUCCCGUAAUGCAUUAGGCGCCUUUCAUACUAAUGGUAGCAAAAUUAAACUUAACACUAAGACGUUUACCUGAUAAGCACAAUGCAAUACGGAUUACUCGUCUCGCUUCUGGCGAUGAUGCUUGCAACAGUCCAGGCAGAGGACGCACUUUAUGCUGGGCUACCAUUCUUAGAUAAGCCCACGACAGUUAAGGAUGUACUUAUCCUUCGCGAGCCGCCUCCCGGCUACGAACCAGCAACCACGGAAGAAGAAUGGGAUUCCAUUUUUCGGGAUAACCUGUUUCCAGACCUACAACCGUACACGAGUUGGGUUGUCAAGAAGGGCCGACCCAUGGGUCUUUCUCGCCUGGCGACCCAGAUCCUCGCGCUUCAAUCAAGCACCGCUGCCAAUCGCCUAGCGGUUGUGGUCCUGCGAGGAGGCCGGUGCUACCGUGCCUUGCCCACGGGGAUAGAACACGUACUAAAGCUUAGGGUUGACUCCUGCCUAGAGGAACUCUGCAGCGGUGCGGCGCGGCUGGGGCUGCGGCUACCUGACACGGUGUUUGUGUUUAACCCGUACGACACCCCCGUGUGUCGGCUGGUGGGGGGCUGCUGGGUGCCGGUGUUCUCCAUGCACAAGCGGUACGACUGGGCGCUGAAGAGGAGCCUAGACAGUGACGUGCUGUUCCCGCACAUGGGCCAUCGCUUCGACCGACUCGUGUUCUUCCCCUGGACCGCCAAGGACAAGCGCGGGCUGCUGCGGGCUAGCAUGCAGGCCCGCAUGUCCCCCAGCUGCACGCGGGUGGCCCUGGCCAACCUCAGCGCCUCCCCCCGCGGCGCCCCCUACCUGGACUGCGGCUUCGUGCGCAACUACAGAGAGGACUUCCACAUGCCCCAGACCUUCAUGCGUCCCUAUGUGGGCCUGUCCAAGCACGCGCGCUACCGCUUCUUGCUGAAUGCGGACGGCCACGUGUCCUCCUCGCGUCUGGGGUAUAUCAUGCAGAUCAACUCGGUGGUGCUGAAGGAGCGCUCCCCCUGGCUGGAGUACUACUACCGCUCUCUGCAGCCGGGGGGGCACGUGAUCGAGUACAGCGCGGAUACCAUACUAGACCUGAUGAAGCAGUACGACGACCCGGCUCGAGAUGCGGAGCUGCGUGCGCUGGCCAACGCCUCGCAGCAUUUCGCCGCCAAGUACCUCACACCGGAAGGAAAGGUUCGCUACGCGGUUCGAGCCCUGCAGGAAUAUUCCCGCCUGUUUACGGGUAUGGGGGAUUUUGUGAGGGGAAUCAAGGGUUUGCUGGAGGCCCCCGCGGCGGCGGAUGAGGAAGUGGAAGAAGAGAAUGGUGGGAGAGAAGGUGCCAAGGGGAGGGGAAAAGGCAAGAGGAGCGAUGAUGAGGAUGAGGAUGGGGUUGAGGGCGGUGGCGGUGAAGGCCAGGACGGCAAUGGGGGAGGAGAUGGAGGCGCAGGGGAGAAAGGAAGGUCCUUUCUGCUAGGGAGGGGUCGGGCAGCGAGGGACGGGGGGGAAGCUACCGGGCAUUGGACGCCGGGCCGGGUGAGAAGGGCGGAGCUGCUGGAGGCGAUCCGAAGCCAAGUUACCGUUCGCAGACGACGUAGACAGGGAGGCAAAAGUAAUGAAUAAGACGUGCAGGGAGGAGGGAGGAGGGGCGGGAGUUGGUAAGCAUGCAGUAGGACGAAUGAGUAAGCAUGGAAUGAGUACAAAACCAUGAACGAGGUGUGUACAUGUUGUUCGUAUGCUUUAACGAGGGUGCACAGCAGCACCUGCGCUCAUUCGUGUGAUGUGCCAUUUGGUGCCUUAGUUUUCGGCAGUUCGCCAUAUCCGUAUCGCCGUUUCAAUUACCGGUAUCAGUGGGUUGUUUCGAUGGUAAUGGUCGUGUUGUUCGAUGUGGCUGCGGGUUGGUGUCACAUCAGGUAGGCCACGGAGGUCAUGUUGCAUGUGCAUACCGGUAUGCGUUUUUUUGCGCAGCACGCAAUGGCACGAGACUCAACACAUGGUGGCAAUUGGUUGGUGCUGGAGAUGUUGGAGGCAUGGGCUUGGCGCCCUGGGUGCUUGCACGCCGCUCGCCCUUUCGGAGCCGUCCAAGAAGAAACCUCGAGAAACCAACCGCUAUCAACGUAUUCAGUUAGCUUGGACCCAACGACUCGGACGCAACAACCGAGUUUGUGUACGGUAAAUGUGGUAUCCACGCUGGUAGCGCUUGUGAGCGAGGUAAUUGUUACGCACUUUCAACGCUCCUCUCUAACGGCCGAGCCUUUACGUUAUCCACAAGUAGCUCGACACAAGGGAACCCAACCCUACCAAUCUCCAUAGCCCCCACACCUUACCUCGAAUCGCUUUCCAAGAGCGUUUACUGUCAAGCUUCCUGCUGGCUGAGGGCUUUGCAUUCCGUGACCUUUCUCCAGUAGCACUUCAGCUCCAUAGCUAGCCAAGACUAGACGAGUCUUGUGGGUUUGCAGUCACGUGCGUUCCUCUUCACUGGCAAUUCUCUUGACCACCAGUGCACCAACAUGGCCGCUUCUGCUACAGCCGCGCUGCUGCUGCGCGUACUGCCGGACACCGUCCCCACUGCCUGGGACGCCACUGAGCUGGGACAGCUCCAGGAGCGCUACCGUACGGAUCCGCUGUACAAUCCGGCGCCUGAUGCGGAUCCAACUUCGUACGAAGUGGUGUAUUCCAAGUACAACCCCACCCCGGGUACCGGCCGUACCGGCUUCCUCCGCGUCGCACCCAACAACUACCCUUUCUACAGCGAGGAGGAGAGGUACACCGCUGUGGUGCAGGCGGAUGGCGGCCAGCUGUCAGAGUGGCAGCCCAUGUAUACACCCAGCAAAGACCAGGCAGAGGCCGACCGAGCCAAGGCUUACGAGGAGGGCAUCCCGCACGGUAGGUUGUGGGUAGCUGCCGCGAAAUGAUGGCUACGUGGCGUCCGGGGCUCGGCUGGCAGCGGAGGCGUUCAUGGAGGUCUGGGUCGUUAGCGAGCUGCACGAUCAAAGCGAGUACGGCGAAGCUGUGGAUCCGGCCACAGGCCGACAUUCAGGUGGCCCUUUCUGCAUCAAGAUCAGCCCCAAGAUGCGCGUGGAGGAGCUGCGGACCGUGAUCCGGGACGUUGGUGGUAUUCUGCCAGCACUGCAGAAGCUGUCGUACGCCGGAAAGCACAUGGACGACUCCCAACGUACCUUGGAGCACUACGGCAUCGCCUACUGGCACAAGCGCUUCCCUCACUGGGCCAUUAAAAUCCGCAAAUAUUGAGCCACAUGCUCAACGGCAACCUGGCGCCCUUCUCCCUAUUCAAGCGUAAUCAAGUGUGCGUGGUUGUCCACGUUGGGAUGUGAAAACGGGCAGGCGAACGAAGUGUGCCACGUCACAGGAUUCUUCAUGGGAUUUUUUCGCUAUCAUGUGUUACCGGUUCAGACGGCUAUCUGCUGGUAAAUUGCCGCACAGCCCGCUACUGGGCGCUCUGUUUUGUUCUGCGCGUGUCGCGUGAAGGCGAUCAUUGGGGAGGGAG